CUUUUUUUUUCAUAGUGUGUUUUACUUCUUAUAAAAAUUAUUUUCUUUGAGAGUUGAGACUAAAAGCACUGCUUCUUCUUCCUCAUGGCGCUACUGGCUCAGGGUGGGUGCGCACGGUUGCACGUGCCACGCCAUGCGCACGUUAGACCACAGAGAGUACUGAGUCCGUUUGCUACUCUAUCUCCAGGUCCAGGUCGAGUUGGAAGCCAAAGCAUGGAGUGGGUCGAAGCAACUUCGAGCUUUUUCCAACAAGACUCAAGGCCCAUCAUGUUAUUUGACGGUGUAUGCAACUUAUGUAAUGGGGGUGUGAAGUUUGUGCGUGAAAAUGAUCGAAAUAGAAGCAUAAGAUUUGAGCCUCUUCAAAGUGAAGCAGGCAAGAAAUUGCUUAGGAGGUCUGGAAGAGCUCCUGAUGAUAUCUCCAGUGUUGUACUUGUUGAAAAGGAUAGAUCAUACAUCAAGUCAGAAGCUGUGCUGAAAAUAAUGGAAUACAUAGACUUACCCUUCCCUCAGUUGGCACUUUUUCUACAGUUUGUGCCUUUGUUCAUAAGGGAUUUCCUAUAUGAUAAUGUGGCAAACAACCGUUACACAUUUUUUGGCCGCUCAGAAUCAUGUGAGAUAUAAACAAAUUUAUUCAUCGUACUUAGAUUAAUUCAAUAUACGGUAAAGUCCAAAAGUAAGGUCUCUUCCUGUGGUCCACUAAUAUUGUUUUCCCAGAAUAAAUUGAAGUUGUAAUGAUAUUUAUCAACUGAUGUUUAUUUGUGUAUGUUAUAUAGCUUAGCUUUUCAAGUGA